UAACCCAAGUCUUAAUAAUAAAUUUCCGUUGAUCUUUUCAUUAUUCUUCUUUGAGUUUCCUUCAUCUCUUUCUUUGUUCUUCAAUGGGGCGUGUGACCGUUCUCAGAGACUUGAUAGGAAUCAUCAAAGACAAAGCUUCUCAAGGCAAAGCAGCUUUGGUUUCCAUUCCCAAAACCCUAUCUCUGCAUCUAGCCUUACUAAGAGCCACAACCCAUGACCCCUUCACGCCACCCGACCCAAAGCACUUGGCGGCUCUACUUUCCUUCGGUUUUAGCUCACGCGCCACCGCUUCCACCGCCAUCGAGGCCCUCAUGGACCGCCUCCAAACCACCCGUGAUGCCUCCGUUUCCAUUAAGUGUCUCAUCACAGUUCAUCACAUCAUUAAACGUGGCAGCUUUAUUCUUCAAGAUCAGCUUUCAGUUUACCCUUCCGCCGGUGGCAGAAACUACCUUAAACUAUCGAAUUUCAGAGAUAAUACGACACCAUUAACUUGGGAACUUUCUUCUUGGGUUAGAUGGUAUGCUUUAUACCUUGAAAAUCUGUUAUCAACUUCAAGAGUUUUGGGGUACUUUCUAUGUUCAACUGCAAGCGGCGUAGAUAAAGAUAAAGAAAAGAAAGUAACAUCACUUAUAAACAGUGAAUUGCUUAAAGAAAUCAACUCUUUGGUGAAUUUGCUCGAACAGAUUUCCAAAAGGCCGGAUUCUUCACAUGCUAAUGGCAACAUAUUGGUGGAUGAGGUCCUAGGAUUGGUGGGUGAGGACUAUUUGUCAUCAAUCAACGAGGUUUCAAUCCGAGUCAAAGAGUUUAGGGAGAGACUCAGUUGUUUGAGCUUUGUUGACUCGUUUGAGUUGGUGUGUGCUUUGAAGAGACUGGAGGAUUGUAAAGAGAGAUUGCUAUCGCUUUCCCAGAGGAAGAAAGUGUUGAUUGAGGCUAUUUGGGUUUUAAUAAGUGAAAUAAAGGAUCAAGUUGGGAACGGUAAAGUGUAUAGAGAAGAAGGAAGAUUGUUGACUAUGGGAAGCAGGAAGAUGGUCAGUGAGUCAGCUCGGUUUGGGGAGCGAGCUCUGAACCAUAGUCAUGACUCAGUCAAGUUCAGUUCAGGAAGGUUUCUAAGCUAUGAAUCGGUACUUGAAUCAUGUGCCUGAUGGGGAUUGUAAAUUCUACUGUAUAAAACCAAUUUGAGAUUGUAUGUAAUUUCGUGGUUUCAACUGUUUGUUAUUGUUCUUUGAUUUUUGCUCCUUCAGUUCACAUUCUAAGUCAUUUACUUGCAAAUUUGGAUAUCUCUUUUUUUAU